GGUGUAGUAAGGUUUCUUUGGGGGGGGGUUUCAGAAAAAGAAAAGACUCUGUUGCUUAUUAUCAUUUUUUAAUGAUGAUCAUUUAUUGUAGUGUGAACAACAUGUGAAUAACUUUUCUGGAGAAAGUGAUGAUUUUUUUAAAAAUCGUAUGUCCUGGAUCUAAAAUACAAAAUUGUCGUCUGUUCUCUUAGUUUAUGACAGAAAAAAAAAUUUUUUUAGUUUUACAUAGAAACAAAUUACUAAUGGAAUAACUAAAAUAUAAUUUAGUUACUAUGUCCUUUAUUUAAUUCAAUGAAAUACCUUAUUUUAUCCAUCAUAUACUUUACAUGAUAAGAGAACAAAGAACAACUAAUUGAAGUGUUCUAGUUCCAACGAAGGAGAAGAAGAAGAAGAAGAAGACCAUGUUGUAUCAAUCAAGAUCAAAUUCAUUACAUUCAAUUGUAGAAAUGAUUCUUUCAUUAUUAUUACUAAUGAUCUAUGGAAUUAUUAUCAUUUAUAGUAAACCAUUAGAUAUUGAAUCAGAUACACCAUUAACUAUAAGUUUUAAUCCAUCGUCUAAUCAAGUACAAUUAAAUCAACCAUUAAUAAUACGUUGUGAAGUUCAUUCAUUCAAUAAUAAACAAUUAGAAGUCAAUAAUAAUAAUAAUAAUAUACUUAAUGGUUAUAGUAUGUUCUUUCAAUGUCCUAUAGCCCCAUGGGGUAAAUUUUGUUUUCAUAAUUGUCAAUCAGCAUGUGUUGGUGAAAUACCUAAUCAAUGUCCAUAUGAUAAUGAAUUAAGUCUUAUUAAAUGUCGUACUGCUAUGACUGAACAAGGUUAUUUAUUUUAUGAAUAUACAAUACCAAAUCUAACUGAAACAUGGUUAGGAUUAAACCAUAAUAAUAAUAAUAAUAAUAAUAAUAAUAAUACUUCAAUGGAUAAGGAUAAUCAUCGUAAUAAAAUAGAAGGUUUCUCAUGUAAAACAGCUGGAUUAGAAACACCAAGAAUUCCUUUAACUAUAGUUAAACCCAAUGAUAUUCAAUCGAAUAUAAUGGGUCUAUCAAAGACUAAAACAUCAUCAUCAUCAUCAUCUAAUUCUCAUUCAAUGAUAUCUCAUUUGAAUGAAACUAUAUCUAAUGAAUAUAAUACACAAAAAGAUGAUUCUAAUCGAUUGAAUAAUGGAAUGAAUCAAUCAAUUAAACGAAUCAAUUCUGAACUUAAAGCUGCUUUAACACGUGAAGUAUUAAUUAUUGGUGCAAUUAUUAUAGUGUUCAUCUCAGUUAUACUCAAUGUGUUCUGUUGUAUUCGAUGUGCAUUAAUUCGUCAAUAUUCAAGUUUGAAGCUAUCACGAGUUCACUUAAUCUGCGAACGAGAACAAAGACUCAGUGACCAAAGACCAAUAAGCUAGCUAUUUGAUGCGUCCAAGCUCCGCUAACUAGAGGGAGAAGUUCAAGCUUGGAAUAGGGAAGUAUAUUCUGCAAACCGCCAGAAACGAGCGAUAACAACAAACACAAUUCAAAACGUAUACAUGUAUACAGUACAAAACUGUCCUUGGGGAGAGUUACCAAAUAGCAUACUAAAAGAUGCAACGGACCAAUAACAUUUGAGAUACUUCCCAGUGGAAAACACGACAUGACGGUGACAAGAGCACCUUUGGCGCAAAAACAAAGAAAUUCAAAUGUUCUAAAUAAAAUCACAAACUUAGGUCCUUUCCCAAGUGAGUUCUGGGGAUCUAAGAUCCCCAAUAAAAGUACACACAUUCACUUCGUUUUUUUUGUUAUAUUUCAGGAUCAAAAGAUCAACCACAUAUGCAACAUUUAUUCUGUAUGGCUGAAGAAAUACGUAAUGCACGUAUUGUGAAACAAAUCAAUGGGAAAGGUUUUAAUUAUCGUGAUAAAGUAGGAUAUGAACAACAACAACAUUUAGGUACAUUACUUCAUGAUGGUCAUAAAAUGAAUAAAAAAGGAAGCAGUCUAUUAUUAAUGAAUAAAAUUCAAUCACAAUCUAAUGGUUAUGAAUCAUAUCAACCAUCUAUUGAUUAUGGAUCAGAAUAUUUAACUGGUUUAAAUUGUCCUGGAUUUUUAUUGAAUGAUAAUCAAUCAUCAAAUGGUUUAUCAAGUGAUAUCCAUUUAAGAUAUUUACCAGAUGGUAAAUCAGGUAAUAGACAAUCUAUAUCGGCAUUCUCUAUUGUACCCGGUCAAUUUCCAAUAUCAUGGACUCAUCAUAAUAAUAGUAAUAGUAAUAUUGAAGCUCAUCGUCGAUCCAUAACUAGUAUCCAACGUAAUGGUGGUAAUUCUCUCGCUUCACAUCAUUCAUCUCAACAACAAAUUACCGAAGCUGUUACUAAUUUCUAUUUACAACAUCAACAACAUUUUAAAGAAUUACAAAAUCAUUUAAAUAAUACUAAUACGACUAAUACUACUACUAAUAAUAAUAGUAAUAUAGAUACGGUUACAAUGAAUCAACUUGGUUCCGAUGGUAUGAAUUCAUGUUUUGGUAGUAUUGGUCAACCAGAUUCAAGUAUUUUAUCAGAUAUUAACAUCAAUCCAUCAAAUGCAAUGAAUUGUGAAUCACCUAUAAUGAAUAGACAUAAUAAUGAUAAUCAUAUCAUAUUAAACAAUAUAAUGCCCUUAACAAAUUCAUCUAUGAAUCCAUCGAAUUAUAUCAUACCUAUAGAUUCAAUAAAUCCAUUAAUCAAUAAUUAUACUAAUCAAUUAACACCAAAUAUCAAUCGUAUACAACCCAUAGGAUCAUCACAAUCACAAUUAAUUACAUUAAUGAAUAAAUUAAAUUAUACUACUAAUACUACUAAUAAUACUACUAAUAAUCAAUCAAUUCAUAAUGAACAAAUUUUAACUCAUUUAUCAACUCUUAGUGAUACUUUAAAUUCACAAUCAGAUAGUGGAGCUGGUUCAGGAAGUGGAAAAAUUUCAAUGGAUUCAUCAGAGAAUAAAAUUAAUUCAUUUUAAUAAAUGAGAGAGACAGAGAGAUUCAAUGUUCAAUUUAUUUAUUAAAAUGGAUAUUGAUAAAGUUUCAUGACAAAAGAGAGAGUAUGUGUGUGUGAGUGAUAGGGGUGUGGAGGAGGAGAAGAGAGGGGGGUGAAUGGGGAGAGAGGGAGAAAGAGAGAGAGUGGAAAACUUCCCAAACAAUCAAAAUAAUAUUCUAUUUAAAUGUUUAUCUUUUAUUUACAAAAUUUAAUCUCUAAGAGAAAUGGAAGUCUUUUUUCUUCUUUUAAAAUUACACAUACUAGUCAUAAUUUUCAUGGUUUGAAUACGAACCAUAAACAAAAAAACAAACAUCAAAUACUAAGCCAAGAAUGGCUACAAUGAAUCACUCUUUUAUAAUAAUAACGAUAAUCAUAGGAAAGUUUCUUUCUUUCUUUCUUUUUCUGAAAAUCAAUUUUCACUGGAAAAAAAUAAUAAUGUUUUCCUACAAAAAAUAAAUCAUUAUUUUCUUCCCAUAAACCCUAAGCACAAUUCAUUUGAAAAUUAUGUUUAUUUAGUUAUACUACUGACUAAUAAAUAAGUACCUUGUUUCUUUCUAUUAAAAAGUUUCUUGGAAGAAUAUAUAUUGCAUGGUUAUCAUUAGGGAAUAUUGUAUUUCGUUAUUUCGUUGAUGACUUCUUUUCUUUUUUUGUUUUUGAAAAGAAUUCUAGGAUAAGAAUCUUUCUACACCUUCAUUUUGAGUUGUGAUAAUCCAUAAAAAGUAAAAUGACGGUGGAUUUAAUUAAAUCGUUGUUAUUUUUUCCUAGAAUGGUUUAUGUUGCCUGAUAUACUAUGUUCAUUCUCUACAAAACAUAACAUUUACGUCUUGUUCAGUCAGUCUGAUAGUAAUGACUUAUAUAAACAGUUAGCAGGAUAUAAGCAAAGAUGGUUAGUGGCUAGUAGUGGAAUUCAGCAGGCGUGUUUCAUCCUAGUCAGAACUCGUCAGCUGGAUGUCCACUCUUGGACUUCUUACUAGUACGGUUCGCUUCAAAC